GCUCUUUGCUCUGAAUAAAUAGCAGAAGAUGUCUAACUUAAGCAGGAGAAUGCUCAUGACAGCUUGCAAAUAGAACAACAAUGGCUGUUUUUGUAAGGACACACUUGCUGGGGCUCUGUCUUUUUUGCAUUCACCUUACAAGACAAGAAACCUGCAAUGCCCCCGGUAGUCUUACUUCACCUCAGCUGUUUCUGCGCAGUUUAUCCAAUGAUGAAGUUUUACUGAAUUGUCUGAUACCUCGACACUCUCAGUUUUCCCGAGUUAUUUUCUGUAAAGACAGGAAAGAAAUGGAAACUAAGGAACAAGAGGACAAUACAUUUUCAUAUACCUUCCAUUACAAAUUAUCGCAAGAUGGUGCAGGGCAGAUUUCCUGCAUGUUCCAGUUCAAGGACACCAAGAACCAGGUGAAGAAUUCUGGUCUAAGUAACAGUAAAAUGUUUCGUGAAGUUUCAGAUCAUGAAGAUUCAUCACCCCUCCCAACUACAGGUGAUAAAGUUCCAUCAAAUCUCCCAAGUAUGAAAUAUAAUAUGCAUUUUGUAGAAGUUGGAAUCACAGUUGGUGUCAUUUUGAUCUUGGCUGCAGGGUUCUGCUCGCUGAAAAAAAGUGGUGUCAUAAAACAGAGAGAAACCAAAGACCAACAUAAAUCUAAUGCCGCUACAGAAAUUAAAAACCAACCAAGGAACCAGUCAGUAAAUUCUUUUGAUGAAGAUUAUUCACAUGACAAUGUUCUGCACUCCUAUGAAGAAGUAACUUCUUCUCAGUUCCACAGGACUUAUUCUCAGGGGGAGAAAACCCAAAUAGCGCUGUCCCCACUCUAUAGCAUUGUGAGUUUUAAAAAAAAACCUCAUUCUGUGUCAGGCCUUUGUGAGGUGAGUAUAUUGUACUACAGCUGUGAAUUUGGGUUGUUGGGUUAAACUGCUGGGUUCCUUAGGCUGAAUUAAUAAAGACUUUAUCAUCCCAUAAGCAGUACUUAUAAUAUACUUUUACUUACUACUUAGGAAGAACUAUGAUAUUCAGUAGCCCGAGUUCAAUAGCCACAAAUAGUCUUCUGGCUAGAAGAGGACGAAGGCAAACCCUUCCAAAUUUUUUCCAAGAAAACCAGAGAAAUGUGUUCAUUAGUCAUCAGGAUUUGAACUCAAGAGAGUUUUAAUUUAAUCUAUUACUACAUCCCAAAAACUGGAUUUAUUACUAGGUGACAAAUGGAGCAGAGUGCAAGGAUACCAAAAUGUUGGACAAUAUCAGUAGAAUUGAGAGGAACUUUUGAUUCGUAGUUGCAGCUAAUGGCAUGUAUGUACCUGGGUUUUUAUUAUUAUAAUUAUGAUAAUGAUGAUUGAUUGAUUAUGUGCCAUCAAGAUGUUUUCAACUCUUAGCAAUUACA